AUGACAUCACCACAUUUUGAUGACUCCGGCUUUGCAGCUCUGCAACAAGCCAACAACCUGCGGUUUCUGUCGCCGUCCUCACGCGACUGGAUCGAGCCCCAUGACGAAUCCUCCACCGCCCCUCUGUACGACGCUCCUCACGUCGAGGACUUUCUGCAUUACCCCGUCAACCCCGUCCAGCAGGGCCAGGUCUACUCCUACUCACUCCUGGAAGACUACCUUCACCUGGGCGGUCCGGCCACGGGCUUCCCCAACGCCGCCGCCGCCGCCGCUGCUGCUGCUCACAACGCCCAUGUCGCACAUACCGCCGCCGCUGCUGCAGCAACAGCAACUCACCCAGGGGCUCACCAGAACGCCCAUGUCGCUGCUCACCCAGCACACCCCCAUAACGCGGGGGCGAUCGGACCAGGCGGAACUUAUCCUCCCACCCACCAAUCGCCAACCACGGUGCCGUCACCAUCGACCCCCAUCCACAAGGUGCCGCUCAUCUACGAUCCGUCGCCCAACCCGUCGGCGGCAGAAUCAGCGUCCUAUCUGGAGUUUGCUACCUCCACCCAGCAUGCCAACGUCUUUGACUACAACGGCGACGUGGCCAAAAUGAGCAUCCGGGCCAAACUGGGCGGCACCUUCUUUCUGUCGCAGUCGUCAGCCGCAGACACAGACCCCGACGCCUACCACCUCACCUUCUACCGGCGCAACCUGCUGCAGGUGAGAGCAUCGGUCCACAACGAUCACAAGGUUGUCUACGUGCAGACCGAGUCUGGCGAGCGUGCAAAGACCCAGAGCCUGUGGCUGGACGUGGAGGUGACGGACAACUCGGCCGACUCGGAUCCCCAGCGGCUGCUGUUCUGCUCGCCCAAGUCCGCUACCUCGUUGCCGGCCGACGACGAAGCCAAGGCGAAAAUGGUCUUCCCCGACAACCCCACCGCCAACGACGAGGUGGAGUGGAAGCGGCUGCAGUUCAAGGGCGCCACCGCCCACAAUGGCCGCACCAAGCACCAACAGUUUUUCUACGUCUCGGUCAAGUGUCUGGCUGAGCUGGAGAACGGCACCAAGACGUGUCUGGCGUCGGCGCUGUCCCGUCCCGUGGUUGUGCGCGGCCGCAACCCCCGGUUCUACCUCAACCGAAACUGCAUCAUUUUGAACGAUGGCUCGUCGAGGCAGGCGGAUUCGGGCGACUCCAACUCCACCACCACCAUGACCACACAGACCUCGGCCACCAACAAGAAGCGGUCGGCGUCAGACUCGGAUUACUCGUCGAAAAAGCGCAUUCUUCCCGACACAUCGGAAAUGAGCUCGCCGAACAGCGACACGUCGAGGCCCCACACCAUUUACUCCAAGGAAGAGGACUACGAGUAUUUUCCCGUGCCGCUGAAUUACUGGUUGCCGCCAGUCGAAGUGGUGUACCGGCCGCAUGCGGUUCAUCAUUCUGUUGGCAACGGGGCUGGCCAGGAGGCGCGAAAGUAUUUCUCCAAGAUUGAGUAG